UCCCAUACCUCUGACAUGCACUGUGGAUAUGGAGACAAUGCUCCAAAAGGAGCAACUCCAUAUGUGCAAGCAUUUGACUCACUGUUUAACGGUCCUGUGGCAGAGUGCCUGAAGAUCAGUAAAGAGAUUGGGGGAGAUGUGCAUAAACAUGUGGAGAUGGUUCACAUAAACCUGAAGUUGGAGCGAGUUCUCUUGGUUACAGCCUCUCAGUGUCAGCGGACAGAAGGCAAUAAGCUUUCUGAUUUGUUGGCACCCAUCUCAGAGCAGAUCCAAGAGGUGGUAACCUUCUGGGAGAAAAACCAAGGCAGCAAGUUGUUCAACCACCUGUUAGCUGUCAGCGAAAGUAUCCAGGCCCUGGGUUGGGUGGCUGUGGCACCCAAGCCUGGUCCCUAUGUGAAAGAAAUGAAUGAUGCUGCCAUGUUUUAUACAAACUGAGUCCUCAAGGAAUACAAAGAUGUCAAUAAGAAGCAUGUGGACUGGGUCAAAGCUUACUUGAGUAUAUGGACAGAGCUACUGGCUUACAUUAAGGAGUCCCAUACCACUGGACUGGCCUGGAGCAAAACAGGGCCUGUGGCAAAAUAACUGAGCGGAUUGCCAUCUGGACCUUCUGCUGAAUCAGGUCCUCCUCCUCCCCCACCAGGCCCACCUUCCCAACCAGUCCCCACCAGUUCUGGCUCAGAUGAGUCUGCUUCCCACUCAGCACUGUUUGUACAGAUUAAUCAGGGGGAAAGCAUCACACAUGCCCUGAAACAUGUAUCUGAUAACAUGAAGACUCACAAGAACCCUGCCCUGAAGGCUCAGAGUGGUCCAGUACGAAGUGGCCCCAAACCAUUCUCUGCACCUAAACCAGGAGUCAGCCCAUCCCACAAAGCAACCACAAAGAAGGAGCCAGCUAUACUUGAACUGGAAGGCAAGAAGUGGAGAGUGGAAAAUCAGGAGAAUGUUUCCAACCUGGUGAUUGAUGACACAAAGCUGAAACAGGUGGCUUACAUAUACAAGUGUGUCAAUACAACAUUG